AUGGCCGAACUAACUCCUCCGGAGUUCAACGAGACGCAGCCCAAUGGCGGUGAUUCUCUUCUCGUCGAUGUCAACGCCCAGUACGCGGGUUUUGAGAUGCACUAUAUCUGGAUUGCCGUUAUGUGCUUCCUGGUUUGGCUCAUCAUCCCGGGUAUCGGACUUCUCUACGGAGGGUUGGCGCGGAGGAAAUCCGGCUUGGCUCUCCUGUUCCAGUCUCUUAUGGUCGCGGCGAUGGUUACGUUCCAAUGGAUGUUCUGGGGCUACUCCCUCGCCUACUCCCGCACCGCCUCCCCGUUUAUCGGCAACCUGGCCAACUUCGGCAUGAAGAACGUCAGCGCUGCCCCAUCCCCAGGAUCCGACCUCCUCCCCGAAAUCGUUUUCUGUUUCUACCAGAUGUUGUUCUGCGCCUGCACGGUACAAAUCGUCAUCGGCGGGUCCUUCGAGCGUGGCCGUAUCAUCCCCUCCCUCGUCUUCGGCUUCCUUUGGGCCACCAUCGUGUAUUGCCCGAUUGCCUGCUGGACCUGGAACUCCAACGGCUGGCUGUACAACCUCCCUUCCCUCGAUUUCGCCGGUGGUGGCCCCGUCCACAUCGCGUCCGGCUGGGCUGCCCUUGCGUAUGCCUUCGUCCUUGGAAAGCGCCGACAUGUUGGCGAGAAGUCCCACCACAAGCCGCAUAACACCACUCUUGUCUUCCUCGGUACCGUCCUCAUCUGGUUCGGAUGGUAUGGCUUCAACGGCGGUAGCGCCCUAAACGCCUCCGUCCGUGCCAUGACCGCUGCGUUCAACACCAACACCGCCGCGUCCAUGGGUGUCCUAGGCUGGUCUCUCGUCGACUACUUCCGCCACGGCCGACGAUUCUCCGUCGUCGGUGCCUGCGAGGGCGCCAUCGCCGGCCUCGUCGGCAUCACUCCCGCCGCCGGUUUCGUGUCCGUCUGGCUUGCGGCGCUCAUCGGCUUCCUUACCGCUGUCGUCUGCUCGCUCUGCCAGGGCAUCGACAAGAUCCUGCGCAUCGACGAGGGCAUGGAUGUCUUCAAGCUCCACGGCAUCGGUGGCAUGGUCGGCUCCUUCCUCACCGGCAUCUUUGCCCAGUCCUGGGUCAGCUCGCUCGACGGCAGCACGCUGGCGCCCGGCGCCAUCGACGGCGAGGGCAUCCAGGUGGCUAAGCAGCUCGCGGAGAUCGCGGCCAUCUCGGCGUACAGCUUCACGGUCUCGUGUAUCCUGUUGUAUGUGCUCAAGUACAUCCCCGGAAUGCAUCUGCGCGUCAGCGAGGAGGCGGAGAUGGUCGGUCUGGAUCUCGAUCAGUUCUUCGAUGAGCAGAUCGGGGACUGGAGCAUGCUGGAGCAGAUGGCGUUGCAGAGCGAGCAGGGAACCGCGACUCCGACCUCUGGAAUACAGAAGGAGGCGGUGGCAGCGCAGCAGACGACAGUGGAGACGUAG